AUGUACGACGGUCCCAUCAGAGGAGGUACACGGGGUGGACAAGGUGAUUUUCGUUGGUCUCAAGUAGCCAACGAUAAACAUCGAGAAAACUACCUUGGGCACACAGUGAACGCCCCAGUAGGUCGAUGGCAGAAAAACCAAGAUAUACAUUGGUACAAUCGAGAAGUGCAGGAUGACGAUCAAGAAAGAGCAGCGAAAGCGAAAGCAGAAGAGAUUAGAAGGUUGAAACAGCAGGAAGAAGAUGCUUUGAAUAUCGCUUUGGGUAUAGCUCCGAAGCCUAGACAUGAUGAUGAUGAAAAUGGUGAAGGUACAGGAUCGAAUGAUAUACCUAUACCGAAGAGUGAGAAGGAUUUGGAGAUUGAAAGAUUGGAAAAAGAGGAGAGGAAAAGGGAGAAAGCGUUGCGAAAAGAACAGAAAGCAUUGAGAAAAGCUGAAAAAGAGGUGAAACGAGAAGAGAAAGAACAUAAGAGAUCACGUCGAAGACAUAGGGAUAAUGAUUCGGAUUAUGAGAGGGAAAGAGAUAGACAUAGAAGCUCGAGGCAUCAUGAUGAUCGGGAUCGGGAUAGGGAUAGGGAUAGAGAGAAGGAAAGGGGAUAUGAUCGAGAUAGAGAUAGGGACAGGAGUCAGAGGGAUAGAAGAUACGAUGAUGAUGAUCGAGAUAGACACAGGGACAGGAGAAGGGACGAUAGGAGAUCCAGAGAGAAGGACGACUCGCGUACACCACCUGGCAAGCGAGAGAGGCACAGAACGAGGUCGAUCUCACCUAAGAGAGAAAGAGAUAGGUCACCGACGCCAGACAGAUAUAGGCGGCGGGAUGACGAUCAUCAUUGGGACACCAAGCCUAGCAGGGAUGAUUUGGACAGACGAAGGUAG